CAAUAUUAUAAACAUUAUUGAUAACACAAUAAAAUAAUUUCAAUAUAUUAACAUUAUACAAUUUAAUGGAUUACACUUAUAAAUUACAUCAAUUGUUUCCCACAUAUUGUAAUGCAUCUUGACGAAGAAAUUGUAAAAAUGAAAAAUAAUUUUGACCUAGACUUUAAUGUACUCUGCAGAUUGUGCUUGGACAAAGGACAUGAACUUCGUCCAAUUUUUGAUCAUGAUAUUAAUUAUCCCUAUCGUAUAGAAUCAUGUGUAGGACUAGAAGUAAGUAUACAGCUAUCUAUUAUAAAAAUAAAUCAUUAAUUCUAAUUUGACAAUCAUAGGUACGCCAGUGUGACCCAGGUCCAGUUAAUAUGUGUGUCAAUUGUCUUAAUCAUUUAGAGAAUUGGGAAGAAUUUAAACAAAAAUGUAUUUCCUCAAAUGAAUGUAUUCAAGAAUAUCUCAAAGAGUUAGAAGUGAAGAAAUUAAGUUUGGCUAUAGAUAAACCUGUAAAAUUGGAAGACCUAGAAAUUGAUGAACACGAUAAUAAUUACGAUAAUACUUUGAACACCGAAUUAAUCAUUCAAGACUCUGAUAAUGAUUUGCCAAUAUCUAAGUCACCCGUCUCAAUAACUGUAAUACUAAUGCUAUUGGUUAUUAUUUCAUAAAUUACUUGUAAUUAUCAUUUUCAGAUUCGAGAAGUAUACCCAAGAGCUGUUAAAUUAGAUAGCAAAAUGUUUGUUGAAAAAAGUACUAAAACCACUAACAAAAAAAAACAUUAUGACUGUGGCAUGUGUGCUUUAGAUUUUAUAGAAAAAGAACAACUAUAUAAUCAUUUAAUUGAAUACCAUCAUUUAGAAGAAAAUAAUACUCCACAUUAUUGCCUAAUAUGCAAUAAAGGGUAUUGUAGUUUUCAAAUUUAUCAGGAUCACUUGAUUGCAGAACAAGAUAUUCAUGGAUUUACUCAAAUUCAGGUGUUAUCAUAUAUUUUAAAUGUGUUUAUUAAAGUAUUAGACCCAUACAACUUUUAGUUUUCUUUUAUUGAAAAUAAUAAUUAUAUUUAGCCUUUUUGCCAUAAAAAAGUGACAUUAAAUGUUAUAAUAAUAAAUAAUAAUAUAUUAUAAUUGUUUAGGAUAAAGUAAAAGAUUGUAUGAUUGGAUGUGGUCUAUGCACUUGUAAAUUCAGCCGAUCUACCAGUCUUUAUCGUCACCUCAGAAAUCACGCAUUGAAUAAAGACCUUAUGCCUCAUUUAUGUUCAUUUUGUCAAGUUGGAUUUCUUGACACAUAUAGUCUUUAUUUGCAUGCAUCCACUGAACAUUAUGCUUCAUCUGUUACUGUAACAGAAUCUAAAAAAGUAAGUUUGACAUAAUGACAAUAUCUAUAUAAGGUACUUAAUUUAAUUUUACCUAUUUCACUAUUUCGUUAAAGAAAUGCUCCGAAGAAGAGACAAAUUCAACCAACAUAAAUCAAGAGAAAUUAAAUCUUAAAACUAUGACCAUCAACAAUACUAGCAGUGACUUUAAGGGCAAUAACUAUGCAAUCACAACUAAACGUAAAAUAAAAAAACUGAAUACUCUCGAAGACAAACGAGCAAAGUAUCGUGAACAUUACAGACGUUUUCAAUCAAAAACAUACAUCUGUGAAUUUUGCAAUGUUGCUUAUUCUCGGUUCUGUGAUCUGUCUAAUCAUGAUCGUACCACUCAUGAUGAUAUGCCUAAAGAAUUCAGCUGUCCGACCUGUGGUAAAUUAUUUUUAACUGAAAGCCGUCUGCAAAUCCAUCAAAAUGCUUUUCAUGCUGAAAAAACAUUCAGCUGUGAUAUAUGCAAUGUACGAUGCAAGUCUAAGCACACCUUGCGAACUCAUAUGCGCAAACACAGUGGAAUAUUCACUUGUUCAUACUGUAACCUAACUACUGCUAGUAACGCAGCACUUGUGUCCCAUGUCCGUAUACACACUGGUGAAAAGCCAUUCGUCUGCGACAUGUGUGGCAAUUCAUAUGCUUCAAAAUUGGGUCUUACCUCACACAAACGUACCCAUCUGCAAGAAGCAUUGUUUAAGUGCAACAUCUGUGGGUACACUGGGACAAGCCAUAGUUCGAUUUACAUACACAAACAGACUCAUAACUCAGACAAACCUUUCGUGUGUGAUGUUUGUGGUAAAACAUUCAAAAUAAAAGUACGCCUGGUUGAUCAUCAGAAGAUCCAUUUUGCUGCAAAAAAUUAUGUAUGUGAAGUAUGCAACAAAGCUUUCCUGGCCAGAUAUCAAUUAGUACAGCAUUCGCGUACCCAUUCUGGCGAAAAACCAUUUCAGUGUCACUUGUGUCCAAAAACAUUUGCUCGGCGGGAUGGACUUUCAGAACAUAUUAGGACUCACACAGGCGAAAAACGGUACACUUGUCCUGAGUGUUUCAGGACAUUUUCAUUUUAUAAGAGUAUGAAGAACCACAAAUGUGUUGCACCCAAUAAUACCAGAAGUGAAGAUAAUGGAAAUGUUAAUAGAGAAGAAACAACAACAAUUUUACCACUACCCCAAGACAACCCAAGUAGACCAACCUCAAGACCACCUACAACUAUUUCAGAGUUGUCCCCUAAUUUAUCUCCGGAGCCAGGUGCCUCCUAAAAUCCAUGAUGUUCCUACAUUUGCUAACAAUUUUCCCAGUUGAAAACUUAGUUCUUCAUCAUACAUUGUAAGAAAUACAUUACUAUAAUAAAUAUCAUCAUCUAAUCAUUAUAAAUGAUGAUGUAGCUAUACAGGUAUUCUUUAAAGGUAAACCUAUUGUGAUAUCUUGGAAACUUAGGUAAGGGAAAGUAGUAGAGACUAAUUUGUAUGGCGGCAACAAUUUCAACAUUAAAAUGUGUUUAAACUAAUAUUCCAUCUAUUUAUGGAAUUUUUAAUAUAGAUUAUCAUUUGAAAAUUAAAAAUAAAUAGUUUCAUACUAAAAAUUAUGGAAAUAAAGUAGCAUUGUAGAUUACUUGUUCCCCAAAUUGUCAAAACCAAAAAUUAAUACUAUCUAGAUAUCACAAUGGAUGUAUCUUCAUGGAUGCCCUGUAUUAUUAAUAAUAUUUAUAUUUUUUUGAAUUUUAAGUUUAUAUAUAUUUUUUUAUGUGCUUGUCUAUUCACAUUUUAUGUUUAUCUGUUAUUGUCACUAUACUCUUCUAACUUCUUUAUAACGGGAUAAGUAGUAAGAGCUAUAACUAUCCGAUAUAAGGUAAACCUUUUAUCUAUAAGGCACUUGCAGCUUAUGCCCAUAAAUACUUAUGUAAUAAAUUAUCAAAUUAUAUUUGUUAAAAAUAUUAAAUUUCAAUAUUUAAAAAUGCAUAUUUGACAUAACUAUCCUAGAACUAAAAUUAAAAAAAACAUUACAGCUAAAUAAGCGAGUAGAUUACUGUUAAGUUUCAAAGUAGUAUCAUGUAAGGUUAUAAUAGCUUAAGGGAUUUCUACACAUUACUUGUUUUUGUUAUUUUUUUUUGUCUGUUUCGUGUAUAUUUUUUGUACACUUUUUUCUUUAAAUUACAAAUAUCUAAUUCAUAAAAAGCCAAAAUAUUUUAAAAUUUUACCAUAUCUAGAAAAUGCUAACUUUAUUCAAAGAAAAUGUCAGCCUUUAGAAAUCUAUGAUCAUUACAGAAUUACAGAAAAUAUGAAAUUAACAUAGAUAAUAAAAAAAAUCUUUAUUAUCCAUAGAGGUACAUAAUUUAAUUUAUAUCUGUAUAUUCAACGAUAAAUCUUAACUAACAAAAAAAAAAACGAUUUUAAGUAAAGUUUGGUUAAACCAUUAAUAUAGAAUGCAGAAUAAUAGAAUAUAGUACUCUAUACCUGUGGAUUAAACAUGGUUUGUCAAACUUAAAUUUAAAAUUGUAUUAAUUUGUAAUUACACAAUAAAUUGCAAUUGUCCAUGUUUUUUCAUGUCCAAUUUUUAAGGAAUUAAGCAUAUUAAGCAAAUCAUUUAGAUUUUUUACAAUGUUACAUUAAAACACACAUGAAAAAUGCAGACUAGAAAGAAACUGGUACCAGGAUAUAACUCUUGAAGUAAAGUUAAUAAUCGGAGAAAGAGUUUUGUUGUUUUUAACCAAAAAUAAAAACCACAUUUCUUGCUAUGCUAAGAAUUAAAAAAAAAAAUAACUAUUCUAAUGCAUCAAUCGAAUCCAAAAUACUAAAGUUUCUAUACUAUUUGUAAAUGGAACAAAUUUUCUAGUCAAUGACUAUAUGGAAAAAUAUUGAUUCCCAUGUUGUAUGGUAAUCAAUAGCAGGUACUAUAUCUAUAGUGACCAGAUAUAAAAUCUAAAAAAGAAGUACAUUUUAAAAUAUAGGUCCUCCAAUAUAAAAAAAAUCCCCUCUGUAAAAAUUAGCAAAUGUGUUACUCUACCCAUUUUGCCCAUAUAGCUUAUCUCCAUCUAUACACAAUUUUCUUUUAUAAAAAAAAUCCGCUGAACAUGGUAGGUCACAUUAUAUACAAUGGCUAUUUUAUUAAUAAAGUAAAUAAAUAUAUAAAUAAAAAAUCUCGAAUAGGGUUAAUGGACAUAGACAUUUGGCCGUGGAAACAAUUGGACGUCAAAAAAAAAAUUAUGUAUACCGAGUGAUCAAUCUAUUGUAAGACACUCAUUAUCUCGGAAAGAAUUAAAUUUUUUUAAAUUCGUUUUAAAAAACAAGCUGUACUAAAAUUUAACAUUUUUGAUAAAAUUACAUGAAGACAGUUUAUAACAUUACAUUUUAUUGCUUAAAAUAAUAUAGCACAUAGAUCUUUAGAUUUAUUUUUAUUUAUAUUAAUUAUUAUAGAUACGUUUUGACCAAAC